AUGUCUCCCAACACCUCACUGAAUGUCUCUACAACCGCGAGACAGUCGCCAUGUGUAGACAUCGGAUAUUUGCCCUCCUCCAGACAGUUCUUCCAAGAUCUAUCUACAGCCGAGCGUGUCAUCAUCAUCACGUGCUGUGUGCUUACCCCCAUCACAGUUGCCAUGUAUAGCGAGCACGUCCAUUUCUUGCUGCGCUUGAAGACCCACUGGAUGGAUCCACGGUCCUCUGUGUGGGUCCUGAGUGUUGUACCGGUGACAAGCUUGAAUGCAGCCUUGAACCUGUGCAUGCCAAGGUUGGCAGCUGUGUCUGACUUGAUAUCAUCCAUGACUCUGUCUUUGGCCAUUCUGCAUUUCAAGUUGGAAGUUUUAGACCACUUUGGGGAUGUGAACACAGUCCUGCAGGCACUCAAGUCUGUGAGAAUCCCCAUCAGUGCUCCACCACUUUGCUUCUUCCACUCAUGCUGUCCAUCAUUUCAGCUAACCAGAUUCAGGUACCGACUGAUUACCUGCUGUGUGUUACAGGCAGCAAUCAUACAGUCAAUGGCAGCCAUCUUGUCUCUUGUUCUUAUAACGGAGGAUAACUUUCGACAGAUGACGCUACAGAGUCCAGACUUCUACCUGUCUGUGGUCAAGUGUGUAUCCUCUCUACUGGGUGUCUAUGGACUAUAUCUGGCUGUGGCGGCGACAGAAUCAGUGUGGAAACCCCUGGACCUGACUCUUAAGUGUGCCAUCCUUGUUAGUUGGCUCUGUUUGUUCAACGGUCAAGGUCUAAUAUUUGCCCUUCUCAAUUUGUACGCCAUCCCAGCUUGUACUGGACAUCUGUCGUCACGUGUCAAGGGCAGAGCCACAAUGAACCUGUUGUUGUUGAUGGAGAUGCUAGUGAUGACAGUUCUGGCCAGAUACUUCUACCAUCGCAAGUUUGAUCUCAGCGUCACAGAGCCAGGCUUGUUCGAGGAAAGCAAAGAGAUGUCCGGCUUUGAGAACAGGUCCUGCACAGGCAGUGCCGACUCUGCAACUGAUCCGUGGGCAGACCCAGGGCUGACAGACAGCUCUCUGUUUUUGACUGACAGUUCCGAGAUGUCUAAGCCUGAAGAAGAAUGUCAGACUAGCAGAACUGUGGUUGUAAACUAUGGUACCAUAAGUCCAACUGAUGCUCAAAGAUGUUCGGCAGGUACAACAUGUGAAGAUUGCAACAUUUCUCUAGCUCAGAUAACAGAUCAACAAGAAUAA